AUGACACAUGUUACUAUUGUUACUGGUGCUUCCAAAGGUAUUGGUAAGGCAAUUGUCGAUUUACUUUUGCAACAUCAAAAUUCAAAAGUAGUUGCUAUAGCAAGAUCACAAGAAUUACUUGAAACAUUACAAUCAAAAUAUGGAGAAGAUAAUUUUCAAUAUGUAGCAGGUAAUGUAACAGAUUCAACAAUAAGUCAAAGUGCGGUAGAUUUAGCAGUAACAAAAUUUGGUCAAUUAAAUUCAGUUAUUGCAAAUGCAGGAGUUAUAGAACCAGUUGGACCAAUAAAAGAUACAUCAAUUGAAGAAUGGAAAAAAUUAUACGAUAUAAACUUUUUCAGUGUUGUUCAAUUAAUACAACAAAGUUUAUUAGAAUUAAAAAGAACAAAAGGUAAUUUUAUUGCAGUUAGUUCAGGAGCAGCAACAUCAGCAUAUAGUGGAUGGUAUGCUUAUGGAUCUUCCAAAGCAGCAUUAAAUCAUUUAAUUAAAUCAUUAGCAGCUGAAGAAAAAGAUAUAAAAGCUAUAUCAAUAGCACCAGGUGUUGUGAAUACUGAUAUGCAAGGAUUAAUUAGAAAUUUUGGAUCUAAAAUGAGUGAAGAAAGUAUUAAAAAAUUUAAAGAUUUACAUAAAAAUGGUCAAUUAGUUGAACCUGAAGAAUGUGGGGCAGUUUAUGCUAAUUUAGUUUUAAAAGGAUGGUCUAAUGAAUUAAAUGGUGAAUUCUUAAGAUUUAAUGAUUCAAAAUUAAAAGAAUAUCAAUAA